AUGUCUGACAGUCAGACCAAGCCAACCAAAGACGUCCAGGUUGCCGUGCGGGCGCGGUCGCCUUCCGAGGACACUUCUUCUUCCACUCUCUCCGUCAAGCCGCCGUCGUUGAAGUCGCCGCGCACCGCACGCUUCGCUGAGGCGACGGCCGUCAACUCUCCCAUCGAGCCUUCGCAGGUCGCACGGAACCCAUUCAAGGAGCCUCCCACCCAGCACUACAUGGCCCAACCACAGGUAUCAGACGUCGGCUUCGGCUAUGUCAACAAACAUGAAUCGGUCGAAAUGCCCGACACCGACUACAACCCUCCACUUACCGCCAAGUCGAUACCGAAGAGUCCGCUGAAGAGUGCCAUGAAGACUCCUGGUGCGCCGCCGAGGGAUCUGAAUGCCAUUCUCAGUCCGACGUUUCGACAAGAGGAUGUGCUCGAGAAGCACGAAGCGUACACCGAAAAGGAGCAAGCUAAAGAUCUGAAAGUCAAGACUCGCGUACGGAUAGCCAAGUUCUUCCUCCGAGGCGUCAACUUCUCCUGCUCGUUAAUCGUCAUCGCCAUGUUGACCUCCACAUUCGCCAUCUUCAACGCAACAAAAGCACUUCCUCCCCGAAACAACCUCCCACCAUGGGCAGUAGGACAAAAGACCUGGCCUCAAAUCCUCCUCCUCAGCAUCGCCAGCAUCUCGCUCUUCGCCUGCAUCUGCGUCUUCUACGGCUACUGGCGAGGUGGUCACCGACGAGCAGAAAAGGCCGCCGUCUACUACACCGCCUUCUCCGUCGCCUUCUUCAUCUUCAGCAUCGUCAUGUGGGCCGUCGGCGCCGCCGUCCUGCAAACCUCCAAAAACAACUCCAACAACAAGGACAUGUGGGGCUGGUCGUGCGUCAACAACGAACGCAAAGAACUCUUCCAGCGCGACGUCAAGUACGAACUCGUCUGCCGCCUGCAAAACUGGUCCCUCGUCUGCGCCCUGAUCGAAAUCGUCGUCGAGGUCCUCACCAUCUCCGUCUACGCCAUCGUCUUCUACCGCAUCUGGUCCAAACGCAAGCUCCGCAAAUCCAUGGCCGCGAGGGAUCGCGCCCGCUCAGAUCUCUACCUCGCCCAACUCCGCUCCCAAUCCGCACCAAACACCCCGGCGCCUUUCAGCCCCCGCGACGGCGGCUGGAAGCCCCAGCCAGGAGCCGACUACUACAAACACGCCGCGGCCGUCGAGGAAGGCGAAGUGCAGUACAUCGACGCCGACCGCAAAGCCGCCCCACCACAGCCCUUCAAACUCCAAGCCCCGCCCAUCCGCGUGACGAACGCGACCCCCAAAAUGCAGCAGCUAGGCUUCACGCCCGUCGCCACCAUGCCCCCUUCACCGCCGGAGAUAAACGAAGACCAGCACUCCCCCCUCAUGGCCGAGCCACCGCGGGAAACGCAGCAAGAACAUUUCUCCGCCGUUGCGCCUGGCGAGCAGGUCUACGAUGCUGUGCCGAUUCCCGGGGCGUACGAAGGACCUCUUUCGCCGAGUGCGGAUAUUGAGAGGAGAUUCCCUCGGUAG